AUGUUUCUUCUAGUUCCAAACCUGUCGGAAAAUCAUGAUUAUCAGUUCCGAGUAAAGGCUAAGAAUGCGGCUGGUCUGGGAGAAGCUAGCCAACCAACAAGCACCUUCAAGCUGAAGAAGAAAUUCAGUCCACCUUCUCCACCUCAGGAUGUGAUGGUUAUGAAAGUCGGUCGCAGUUACGUAGAACUCAGGUGGGAGAAACCUCGAUCUGAUGGUGGAAGCAAAAUUAUUGGUUACAUCGUGGAGCGAAGAGAAGCUGGUAGCACAUUCUGGUUUAAAGCCAAUGACUUCCCAUGCGCAGACUGCAACUAUACCGUCAUGAAUCUGAUGGAAAACACUGAAUACGAAUUCAGAGUUUUUGCCGUCAACGCUGCUGGCAAGAGUGAACCUAGCGCAUGCACCAAUCCAGUUAAGGUGUGCGAAGUUGCAGAUGGUCAGAAACCAGAGUUUGUUAGAAAACUGUUCAACAAGAGCGUUGCCCUUAACAAGCAAGUUGUCUUUGACUGCGAAGCUAUCGGCAAUCCUGCACCCACAGCCAGAUGGUUUAAGAACGGUCGGGAAAUACAUUCUGCUGGUCGGAUGUUGUUAAGCGAAGGAAAAGAUGGAGAGUUCAAGCUUACAAUUACAGAAGUGUGGGACACGGACGAGGGCGAGUAUGCAUGCGUCGUAAGCAACUCUCUCGGGUCCGAUAAGUGUUUCGCUAGAAUGGUUAUUGCCGUUGCACCAAAGAUCGAGCGUUGCCCAACAGAAGUGUAUUUCCCCGAAAAGGAAAAUGCCAAAGUUAAGAUCUACUUCUCUGGUACUUCACCUUUCGAUGUGCUGUUAUACAAGAACAAUUUCGAGGUGAAAGAAGACGGACACAUAAAGUACACCGUAUUCGACGACUACGUGAUUAUUUAUUGGAAAGAAAUUGAGAAGAACGAUAUGGGAAAAUACAAAAUAACUGUCAGGAAUGAAAGCGGAUCUGCCGAGGCAGACUUCUCUUUGUUUGUGACAGGUCUUCCUGGACCUCCCAUCGGCCCGCUGGAAGUUAGUGAUAUCACGCAACAUACCGCCACUUUAACCUGGAAGCCUCCUGAGUACGACGGAGGAUGCAAAAUCACUCACUAUUUCAUCGAAAGGAAAGAGACUAGUCAUGAUCAAUGGGUUAUUGCGGCUAGUUAUUGCAAAGAUACGACAUUCACAGUGCAGGGCUUGACAGAAAAUGGUGAAUAUUUAUUCCGGGUGAUGGCAGUCAACGAAAAUGGCCAGAGUGCUCCACUGGUGGGCACCAAUCCAAUCAUAGCCAAGUUACCAUUUGAUCCACCGGGUCCACCAGGUCCACUCAAGGUUGUAGAAGUUGGUGGAGAUUUCGUAAAUCUCUCUUGGGAAAAGCCAGUCAGCGAUGGAGGUUCUCGAAUUUUAGGCUAUUGGAUCGAAAAGCGAGAAGCUGGUACUCAGACUUGGCAGAAAGUAAACCACAGCCCUUGUCAUCCCACGCAAAUAAACAUCAUCAAUCUUAUAGAAGACAGACAGUACGAGUUCAGAAUAUUUGCAUUCAACGAGGCUGGCUUGAGUCCACCUGCCAUAACAGAAACCGCUGUGAAGAUUAUUGAUCCCAAUGCUCCUGUUGCUCCAGAAUUCAUGAUGCCUUUGAAGACUGUGACGUGUCUUGAGAACAAGAAUGCACAAUUUACUUGUACUGUAGUUGGAAAUCCCAAACCAAAUAUCACAUG